UCAUGGCGGGGCUGUGGGAGCGCGUGUGCGCAGAGUAUGAAGCAGAACAGCCUCCAUUUCCAGGUGUUUUUGAGUCAAAACACGAAUCUGUGUCUUUGGAAGCAGAGAUAUUGCAGCCAUUACAUAGGGAACAAUUUUACUCAGCCCCUGCAGCUGAUACAGAGGUGCAACAGUUGCUUCCCACAGCUGAAACAGCCCCCUUUACAGAACCACCUGAUCCAAAAACGUGUUCUCCUCAAGAAUACAUAGAGCAUUACAUAUUUCCAGUACUCUUACCCGGAUUGGCUGAACUUCUGCAUCGAGCACAAGAAGAGAAGUGUUUUGAGAGAAAAAGAACCAGAUUUAUUGCCAGUGAUUUCCUGACAGAAUGGUUGUACAACAAGAACCCGAAGAGGAAAGAUGAGUCUUUCACAGAAUUCUUUUCCAUUCCUUUUGUUAAAGACUGGCUGAAGGACAAUCCUAGGCCACCAAUUCCUCUGUCUCUCCUUCUGUCAGAAGAAGCAGCAAGCAUAGUAAUUCAGUCCUUCUGGAGAGGUUAUCGGGUCCGCUGUGAUAGUGAAAUACAAGAGCUCCGUCAAUGGCAAAAACAGUUGAGAGAGGAGAAAAACAUUACUGAAACAGUGAAAAAAUUCUGGGCUAAGCAAGAAGCCAGAGUGGGAAGCAAAUUGGAAGACUCAGAAGAACAUACACCAAAUCAUUCAAUACAUCAAUUUUAGUUUUCUCGUCAAUAUCACAAAACAUAGAGCUCAUGGACUAAACUUUGUGAUACUGAUACAGAAACACUCUUAGAAUGACAGUUUUACAGGCAAGGUGCUGUGAAUCAAAGGGACAUUAUGUAAGGACCCAACAUGCCAAGAUAAUAUUCAGUCUUAGUACAACUCUGUUAAACAGAUGGAGUUGUGUGCAUUUAGCCAAAAAUUUUGAGUCUGUGUUUAUUUUGUGUUCCUGAAUGCUCACUUUUAAAGCUUUUCUGACAGGGACAAAACCCUAGAUGAAAUAGAUGGCUUUAUACCCACACAAAAGAAUGUGUUAACACUAAGGCAAAAAAUCUUCAUUUAGUAUAAACUGGAGGAGCUUCACUGACUACUGCAGAGCUGUGACAAUGUACAAAAAUCCAGGCUUUCCAGAAAUGCUGUGCCUCUGUAAUUCCAGCUAAAGGCAAUGACAGCUAUGGUUGCUUUUCAUUUCUGCAGGGGGAAAAAGUCAAAGGCCUUUUUGUUAUCACUUAGCACGUGUGCUGGAAGUGUAAAAUUUAAGAUCACAGUUGUAGCAUUCUUAGUGAUCCUGUGUAUGUGCACUUGCUUACAUAAGGUGCAAGCAGAAUAAAAAUCAAUUUUCCUCUGCUAAGGAGCCCUCAUUAUUUCUUUUUAAAUCAAUCUUGUCGAGCAUAGUCCUAUUUAGGCCUUUAUAAUUUUACAGGUAGAGUAGAUAUUUGCAGUUCUACGGCUAAUUCCAUACAAGCCAAACAAAGGUCUGGUUGUUUUCAAUGAAAGCAUGAUAAAAUAGAGCCCCUCUAGCUCUUGCUGUGGCUUAACAUGGAUUUCUUCCAUCACUUACUCAGACUUUGUCUUCACUGCUCUGGCAGUGCUCACCCCACAGUUUUUGCCUUGUUGGUCACACUGGUUAUUGUGCCAGAUCAGGAAAAAAUCUAACCACUUGAAGAAAAAAACCUCAACCUGCAUUCUUUAAUCCCAGCUGGAUGAUCCCACCCCCUCCUUUUCACAAGCACUCAAGCAAUUGAGCCAGGACAGGAAACUGCUGAGCCAACUGGAAGAAAACCCAUCACUUGUGGUGUUAAGAGUUGGCUGCUCGGCUCCUUGACUGGCUCCCUGUGGGUUUGAUAGGUGCCAGAGCUAAGGGUAAAUGUGGGAAUGCUGCCAAAGGUGGAGGAGCGUGGCGCUGCCCUCUAGGAGCUGGUUUCCUUCAGUUUAACUUAGCUUCUACUGCAGCACCGCGCUCAUGGUAUCACCACAGGACAAUGCUGUCCGUAGCACUGUCAGUUUGCUGUAAUGGAAAAAUAUUAGGUGGAAUUUAACACCAAGUUAACACAAACAUUGUAAGUAAAUAGUAAAGCCUUUAUUCUCGUUAAGAACAGCAUUUUGAAAAUAAAACAUUUGCCCAUGCUUUACAACCUUUGUAGUUUUGUAUACUUAUGUACAGUCAUCAUGGUACACAUUGAUUGUCUUGAAAAUCCUUUAAAGAUGUACUUAAGAUACCAGUAUGCAACAAUCAGCGGAAAAAAGGGUACGUUAUAAAACACACAUUAAUACAUUUAAUAAAUAUAUAUCAUCUAUCAAAAAUGAGCUUUAGCUCUCAUCAAUUAAUAAAAAGCACCUGCUUUGUAAUCCUGUAAGUUGGUAGAAUAGUCCAAUUGUUUUAUUAUAAAAGCUACAAUGCUCCCUUUUGCAUGGCCUUCGGUUAGACCCAAGGCAUCAAGCCAACCAAGACGCCUGUGUUUGGAUUAAAACAGAAACAUCUAGUCCUAUAGUACUUCACAUGCACCUUGUUUAUAGUAACAACUGUAUGUAUUGAGAGUGCUCUUCUGAAGAUACUACCUAUUUUCUGGCAAGUGUCAAACACCCUCGCUCAUAUGACAGCAGGACAGGAUCUGUAAAACAUGGCUUUGAACUUUUUUCCAGCCAUCUAUCAAAAGCCAGUUAUUAUAAAUCUUGUUUUGGUAGUAGUUUUUUUAGAUGCUUUACAGUUUCAUUUUUCUGCAUGGGAACACCUUGAGCACGUAACCACCAAGGGACAACAGAGUAGCUUUUAUAGUAUAAAAGCUGAUGAUAAUUAACUGAACUGCGAAAGGCUUGUGCUUGCUUACGUCUUAAGUUCUUCACAGAUGCUCUACAUUCUAGGUAACUUUCAUAAAAGGCAAAAGUAAACAAAUUUUAUUUACUGUAACAAAAAUAUAAGUUAACAUAAAGGUGCCUUUCUUCAAUUACAGUUUUAUCCGGGGCAUUUUAUAUCACAGUCUAGUGACUUACAAAAAAAGGUUGCUUAUUACUAAUUUUAUAAAGUUGGAAAAUAAAGACCCUCCUAAUCUAUUGCCACACCUUCACCACCACAAAUUAAACCCAAUCCUGCUACUGUUUAA